AUGAGUUCACAUCUUGAUGGGAACUUUUUAUUUAAUAAAAUUAAUCAUUUUUUACAAAAUUAUAUUCAACUUGAUGACAAAAGUAAAGAUAAAUUGUUGUAUCAGGACACUUUAAAACAAAUCAAUAACCAAUUAUUUAAAGAUAAAGAAUCGAUCUGUGAUCUGCUAAAAUGGGAUACAAAUAGCACAACUGAGAUAAAAUUUAAUCCAGAUCUACUUAUUGAUGGUACCACCUAUACAAUUACUGAAGAUCAACAUAAACUGGCUUUACAAUGGUCUAAACGCCUUUCUUUGAAUUAUAAUUAUAUAUGUAAAGUUUUAUCUUUUGCUGAACCGAAUUUGCAAACUGUGCUGAAUGAAAGAAUAGCAGCUGUUGAUAUUAUCGCCACUCUGAUCGAUACACCUGAUUUAAAUCCAGAUUGGAAUAAAUGGAUUCUAGAGAAUCCUAAUACUAGACUAAAACUGCUUAACAACUUAAUCGACUCAAUUCAAUCGGUAGUGAUGACUUCCAAAAAAGUUAAUCAGAAUUCCCAAAUUUCUUCUGGUGAAUCGGAUUCAUUCUUGGAUUUGGUUCAUUUGAAAAAUAUGAAUGAUUUGGUCUAUCUCUCUAAGCUUUUAAAAUUGAUAACCGACCUAAUUUUAAAUGCUAAUGAAAUCCUAAAUUUCGAUACUAUAUUGAAUUGGUUUAAUAAUAUAGAUUUAUGGUCCCAAUUUUGUCAGUUUGAUUUAAUCUCAAUCUUACCAGAUAUACCUUAUUCCGUACUGUUGCAAUUAAUUUCACUUAUCAAUAUCAAUUCUUUACUGUUCCUAGGUUUUGAUACAGCAUAUCAUUCUUUUAAUAUUGAAAAUUCUUCAUUUUUUAAUGAUUCUAAAAAAUUUAUCCAAUUACAAAAUAUUAUUGAUAAAAAUUUACCCUCAAAUUCACUAAUUUCUUAUUCUUGGGCAUGUAUUCUUUUUUAUAAAUCGGUGGUAUUAGAGACUUUAGAUGAAAAUGACAACAUGCUCUCAUCAGAAGACAAAAUAUUUCUUUCUGACUAUAACAAAGAGUAUCCAAAUGUGCCCUUAAAUGUCAUGUUUAAUUUCUUUGCUCAAAGAGCAGAAAAUUUAAACGUUUUUGAAGAGAUUACAAACAUCACUACAUCUUUAAAAGCCGAUUUAACGUAUCCAAUCAUCAUGACUUCAUUUAUCUCAUUUUUAAUGAAUUUUAUCCCAUUGAAUAUUGAAACAACAAAAAUGAUCCAGACUGUUUUAUUAUAUAUGCCAUCACAUUUCACUGAAGAAUUUUUAUCAAGUGACACUUUUAGCAGAAAGUUUGCUCUUUUAAGAGCUAAAUUACCUCUAGUAGAAGAUGGUUUAAUACCUUUCAUUAAUAUGGUUACUGCAUUACCUGAAUUUGCUAAUUUUGAGUUAAAAAUGUUAACUACGUAUGCAACAAAGGCUAAGCUGAAUGAUAUUGAUUAUGAUCUACUGGAUGAAAACAGUGUUGGUAUGAUUGGAGAUAUAUCACAUAAUCAGCAAGGUAAUAAUGGUACCAUUGUAUCUUUGCACGAUUCUGCGUCUUCCAAUAUAUCAGAUUUGAUUAUUAUGAAGAGAGAAACGUUUGUUAAGCCACCUUUUGAACUGGAAGAAAAUGUAAUGAUGUCUAUACCAAAAGAUACUAAAGGUCAAUUGGUACAAUUAUCAUCAAAUAGCAGAACUUCAGCAGCAAAUAGUACUUCAUUGAUUGGUAAAGAGAACAAUAUUAGACAAAAAAAGUCUGGUAGUAUUGCUAUAGAAGAUGGUAAUAUUGACUUAGAUUUAAUCAUUUAUUCUAUCAAAUAUAGUGGAUGGUCCUUACUAGGCCGUAUUUUACAAAAUAUAUCAACCUUAUAUUUCAAUAAUGGUGCUAAUUUGGAUAAUGUUACCAAAGAAUUAAUGAUAUCAAUUAUCAAAUUAAUUUCCACUAUCAUAGAUUCUAGUGUGAUUGAGUAUGACCGCAGUCAAGAGAUAUUAUCUAGUAUGUCCAGUCAGAUUACCUUGGAUAAUGAAAAUGUUAUAUCCGUUAUCUUUAAAAUUUAUGAGAUUGCAUUAAACAAAAGAGACUAUAAUGUUUUGGUUGAGUGUUCUAAAUUUACUAAUCUGUUGACAGGAUAUUAUCCAAAUUUGGUAUGGUCAUAUUUAAUUCGUUCUACUCUGUUGGAAAAAUAUGGUAAAACAGGACUAAUAAGUACAAUUCUGGGUACUUUAGAACUUCCGAAUGGUAAGUUUGACUUUACAAUUCAAUUAUCUGUAUUAAUCAAUUUAUUAGUUGAACACACUUUUACCAGGGAUAGUACGACAUCAGAAAGAACAAAGAAAGAACUUUUACAAAAAUUUACUGUCCAUUUUAUACAUGUUUUCGAAAAUUGUCAAUUUUGGGAGUUCAAUAAUCUGAAUGAUAAAUUUAAAUUGUGUCUAAAUUUGACUAAUUUUUUCAGCAAGGUCCUGUACAAUGUGUAUGGUAUUGACCCAACCUGUAAUACCAAGGAGAAAAUCACAAGAAUUCUUUCUCAGGCAAGUGAAACAAUAGUGGCAUUUUUUCUUGAAAAUCAAAGCACUGAUUCUUACACUACGAAAACUUUAUUAUCUAUUUUAACUUCAUACACAGAUUUAGAAUACUCUAUUUAUGGGAAUAAUACUUUUGAUGAAGACUAUAAGGAUUUGAUAAUUUCAGCUUUUAAAUUUACAAAUUUACUGGUAUCUAUUAGAAGUUUUUUGAAAUUACCACCAAGUGUUCUUGAACAUAAUAUAUUUGAUUCAAUUUCGAUAUUAGUUCAACGUUAUAUUAAUAAUAUUUUAUUAAAGAAUUCCAUUAUUAAAUUAUUUAUUACUUUGGUUAGCAUAUCGUGGAGUGAUAGCUACCCAUUUUUACUUUCAUAUUUAGGAGAAACUGCAGCAAAGGAUAUGUUUCAAAAUGUAUCGAAUGAUCUGAAAUCAUCUAUAAAUGACUUUAAUUUAUUGAAAGAUAUUUAUAAUUUUAUUGGGUCUUUAUUGCAAAGUAAGCAAGAUGGGUUAACUGUCUUAUUUUUAACCGGUGAUAUUAUAACAAGGGCACGUCAUAAUGAGAAAGAUGCAAAUGGUGAUAAUACCAUAAAUAUAAAUUCUGACAAAUCUAUUAUCAAUAUAUUAAAGAGUAAUAUUAUGAGCAUAAAUAAAUAUCCAGAAGGUGUAUUAUGUGCUUUGUUGGAUUGUAUUUCAUAUGCAUUAAAUUCCUGGAUACAUUCUAAAAAUUUAACUAAUGAUUCAAAAUUUCUUGAUGUGCUGUUGAAUAAAUUCAAUUCAUUUGUCCCAAAAAAUCUUAAUGAUAUAGAUCAAGAUGAUAUACAAUUUAUUACUGAACAGUACAGAGCAGUCUCAAAAAUUAUUGAAAUUUUUGCAUUAUAUCUUUACAUUUGUCCUCAGAAAACUUCUGCGGUCUAUAAAUUAUUGGAUGAUAAAAACUUAUUUACCAAAAUUAAACCAUAUUUCGAUAAUGCGGGGGAUAAUAAUGACAUUCAGGAAAACUAUGUAAAUGAAUUUAAUUCCACAUAUCCAUCCUAUACAUUGAAUAAAUUUAGGAUGACUCAGUUUUCAUUAUCUAUUGGUGGAGUUGAGAACUCUGUUUUUAACCUGGAAUUAAUGAAUAAGUGGUUUAAGGAUGAUGCACGUUGGUAUGGUUCCAUAAAGGAGUCUGGAUUCUUUCACAAAGUUAAAUUGGUAGCAUCCAAUAUUCAAUACAAUCAUUAUAAAAUCUCUGGAGCUAAGUCUUGGGGUGCAUUUAUUACAUCUUAUAUUAAAAUUAAUGGUGCUCCCAAUGCACAUUUUAUUGAUAUUAUUAUCCAUUUCUUAGAAAUGAAUAGUCAAAUAACAUCUAGUAAAGACAGUUAUUCACAAUUAUAUCAUGAGAGGGUUGAAUUAGUGUUUUAUAUUUUGUAUUUCUGCCAAAAAUCAGGAAGUGACGUCUCCGUAGAAAAAUUAUUUGAAAUGCUUAAACUAUUAAUUACUACAUUUAAAUCAAGUGAGGUUAAUUAUUUUGAAAAAAUCAUGACAUGUCUAAGGAAAAAUGAAUAUCGAACAGUUAUUCGUUGCGUUUUGAUUGUUUUGAGUUUGGUUAAAGAUUCUGCAAAAUUUCUCGAGUUGGCGUCAGAUCAGUUAUUGGAAUUUUUUGAAUUGGCCUUUUCUAAAGGUAUCUAUUUAAUUUUGCAUAAAAUGUUAGCAGAUAUUUCCAAUCCAUUAAAAUCUCAAAAAGAGAUGGCCAUGUUUAUGAUUGAAGAAAGGGUUCAGGACAUAUCACUGUUAAUGCGGUUAUUCAUCGUAAUUAGAUCAUUCAAUCCUUCUGAAAAUUUUAAUAAAAUUUUAGCUUCAUCUUUGUGUGAAAGUGGUACAAUACAAGUUAUAUUGAACCUAUAUUCGAAUGCUCAUUUAUUACAAAAUAAUUUUCAAAAUGUGUCAGGUAGCCUGGCAUUAAAUGCAAUAUCUGAAUUAUGCACAAUUCCUGAAAUUGCAGACCAAUUUAUUUGUAAUGGUCUAUUUGUUACUCUUUUGGAAAGUCCUCUCUCUGUGAUAAUACAAAAGGGUAACAUUAGACCAGAAUAUAAUUUAGUAUUACAUGACAUUUGGAGUAAUGGACUAUUAUCAAUAAUAUUGCUUUUACUAAGUCUAUUUGGAAAAUCUGUCCUCGCUGAAACAUGUGUUUUCUUAAAAUAUUUUGAUAAACAAGUACAAUGUUCGAUUGCAAGUUGGACUAAUAGCAAGUUGGCAAUAUCCACAGCAUUGAUUAGAGAAACUUCACAAUUGAUCAUGCUUCAAAAGAUGUUAGAUACAUUAAAUUACCAAGAAUAUCUGAAAAACAAUUAUGAUGAUACUAAGCAAACUGAGGAUGAUUCACUUGGACUAAUUUAUGGGUUGGAUGAAGAAUACGAAAGAUCUGAUUUAUAUGAUACGUUGGGUAAUCUUUUAACUCAUCCUAAAUAUCUCAAUUCAAGGAUAGUAGCAAUGACAAUUGAAGAAAAUGAAAAAUUAAACAAUCCUUUACUUCGUGAACAAUUGGUUAAUGAGAUCAACAAUGAUAUCAAGGAACUUCAACAAGCCCUGGUAACAGAUCUAUAA